GUGUGUGAAUGUGUGCGUGUGUGUGUGUGUGUGUGUGUGCCUGUGGAGAAACUCCCAGGUGUCGGGUGGUAUGGACCGGGCCGGCGAUGAGAGGCGGCAAAAUCGUGGAGGGACAGCGGGUACCAGAGGCCGGCCACAGCCAGCCCCGCCUGCCCCCAGCACUGCAUCUCUACAUCCCCUCGUCUAACGAGCCUGAUGACGGACAAGAGCAGACCGCAGAGGGGGGUGAGGUCACGGAGCCGAGGUGUCCGGAGGGCGAGGCCGAAACAAAUGGUGUACCAGACAUCGCAGUCAGCCAGUCACAACAUGAGAGAGAUGAUAAAUCCGAUGAGGACGACACAGCGACCGAGACACCGAAGGACAUUUCCAAAACGACUGAAGCUCAUGACAACUCAGGGUGCACACCCAAAGAGGACAAUGGUAUGACUGACACCACAAAUUAUCCAGGAAAUCUUGAUGGUGAAGAGGGCAUAGGAAGCGACCAAUUAGAGGAGACAAAAUAUGUGAAGGAUGACCGAGAAUGCAACACCAGUGGUGACAUGGUAUUUGCAUGGCAAAAGCAAGACGCAGAGGAUGAAAAUCACCAGGGUCCAAACACCAGGCUGCCGGGAGGCUUUGGCAGUCCUGAAACACAAAGAACCACAGAGGAGAGCGAACAGAAGUCAACCAAUGCCCCAGCAGACUGUACACUGGAGGCAAGUUUUGAUGAGGAGGAGCGAAACGGCAACGCAAAUAACCAGCAACGAGGGGCAGGACAUGAGGACGAGAGGUUACCAGAGACCUUUGAAAGGUCACCAGAGGUUGAAAGGUCAAGAGAGGAUGAGCAGUCUCAAGAAGAAGAGCUGAUGUUGACCAGUGAAAAAUGUGACGGUGAAGCCAGGCUCAAUGAGGAUAACAGACAGUGGGAACGAUGGAUGGCCAAACCGCAGAAGGGUGUGGAAGGAAACGAUGGAAUUCGAGGCACUGACGACAACCAAAAUGUCUCAAACAAAACAAGGUACACAUGGGGGCACAAAAGGAGAAUGAGAGAGAGGGGUAAAACUACAGAGGCAAGAUCCAGGGGCUUUUCCACAAGCAACCAGCUCCAAAAAGGGCCCCAAAACACAAUCGAGGGGGCUAGGCCCACUGAACGCACCCGACUCCCCACUUCAUUUCUUGUGUGUCCGGAGGGCGAGGCCGAAACAAAUGGUGUACCAGACAUCGCAGUCAGCCAGUCACAACAUGAGAGAGAUGAUAAAUCCGAUGAGGACGACACAGCGACCGAGACACCGAAGGACAUUUCCAAAACGACUGAAGCUCAUGACAACUCAGGGUGCACACCCAAAGAGGACAAUGGUAUGACUGACACCACAAAUUAUCCAGGAAAUCUUGAUGGUGAAGAGGGCAUAGGAAGCGACCAAUUAGAGGAGACAAAAUAUGUGAAGGAUGACCGAGAAUGCAACACCAGUGGUGACAUGGUAUUUGCAUGGCAAAAGCAAGACGCAGAGGAUGAAAAUCACCAGGGUCCAAACACCAGGCUGCCGGGAGGCUUUGGCAGUCCUGAAACACAAAGAACUACAGAGGAGAGCGAACAGAAGUCAACAGAUGCCCCAGCAGACUGUACACUGGAGGCAAGUUUUGAUGAGGAGGAGCGAAACGGCAACGCAAAUAACCAGCAACGAGGGGCAGGACAUGAGGACGAGAGGUUACCAGAGACCUUUGAAAGGUCACCAGAGGUUGAAAGGUCAAGAGAGGAUGAGCAGUCUCAAGAAGAAGAGCUGAUGUUGACCAGUGAAAAAUGUGACGGUGAAGCCAGGCUCAAUGAAGAUAACAGACAGUGGGAACGAUGGAUGGCCAAACCGCAGAAGGGUGUGGAAGGAAACGAUGGAAUUCGAGGCACUGACUCAAACAAUGUCUCAAACAAAACAAGAGACAAACAAACGCGCGUCAACGUGUUUCCUGCCUUCGUUUUACACCACUUGGUCGGGCUAUCAGGCAAGAGCCUGUGGAGUCAGACAAGCAGUCUGGCCCCUAACGAACCCCCCUCGAGUCACCAGAACCGCUCGGUUGUGGACCACCAAAGAUACCCCACAGGGUACAAUAAGCAGUUCGGCUACAUCCAGACUCCAGUGUUCACGGAGGGAAGGGGUACCGGCUGGGCCCCAGCUGGGUGUGAGGGCCACUGGGGUAGACCCAGUUUCCAAAACAAAAACCACUAA